AUGAAUGUCAGUGGAAGCUUUGAGUCAGACUUGGAGAAUCCAGAGAACUUGAGGAUAGAAAGGACUUUCCGGUUAAUCCAACUAUCAUUUUACUCUGGCCAUUCUUCAUUCUCCAUGUACUGCAUGCUCUUCCUAGCACUUUACCUUCAGGCCAGAAUGAAAGGAGACUGGGCAAGACUUGUACGUCCUACUCUACAAUUUGGCCUUAUUGCUGCAUCUAUCUAUGUGGGUCUCUCACGUGUUUCUGAUUACAAGCAUCACUGGAGUGAUGUUUUAACAGGACUCAUUCAGGGAGCAGUGGUAGCUGUGCUCAUUGUUGUGUACGUGUCUGACUUCUUCAAAGUGAGAGGAUGUACAUUUCAACCGAAAGAAGAUUCCCAUACAAAAACUCCAACAAAUGGAAAUCACUUUGGCAGCAAUCAUCAACCAUGAAGAAUGAUCCACCUCACCUGUCUUGCUCGCUGAAAGGAAAAGAAUUUCACAAGUCUAACUAUGUAAUAUAAGUAAAUGCCUUUAAUGGACUGCUGCUGCUCUUCGAUGCUCACUUUACCUGUAUAUAGUAACAGCUACCACAGUUAUUGUGUAUCUAAACUUUACAUUUCUGUUGGUUCAAGCUCUUGCUUAAUACAAAAAAAGCUAUUCAAAUUGUAAAUUCUUAUUGGAAACAUAGUAACAGUUAUAUUACAUACACUGCUGUUUGUACAUGCCUUGUUGAAACAACUGUGGUUUAAAUACACACCAUUAAAA